CCUUAGGUCCCAGAAAAUUUGUUCGGAGUCCACCCUGCCGCCGGUGGCGUGGGGUGUAUGCGGACUUCCGUCGAUAUAUGGCCCAGACGAUCCGCGUGCCUCCUGAGUUGCGUUUGGGUAUCAAUGUGUAAAGUUGUGGAGAGACUGGUGAACUUCGAAGAGGACUUCAUGAGUCCAUUCACAUCAGUCAGAGGUUGGUCAUAACAAAAAUGAAGGCAGCCCUUGAAGCGAAUAUGUUGGAUGUUGAGGCUGAGUUCUCGCCAAGCGGUUGUCUGCUUAAGUUCCGAUUGGCCAACUGAAACGCCACCCAGCCCUGACUUUCUCGUCACCUAUCGGAGUAAUAAUAACUUAAUAAUAAAACACGUCAAGUUUCUCGAAGAGGGGCUAGUCCAUCAGUUUGGCGAACUCGACCGAUCGAAGUUUGGGAUUUUAGGCACAAAGGGGGGAAAUUCCGUUUUGAUGAGCAUGAGGCUCUCUAUGUAUGUCCGAUCGGGACCGCAAUACAUGCAAGAGGUAAGGUUCUGUUGUACAACGGAGAGGACAGGCAAGGCUACGGUAACUUCACUCGAGUCUCACAGGGCGGUUGGGCGCCUCGCCUUUCUGUCUGUUACUCAAGCAAGGGGAGGGCUUUCGGACUUCGUUGGCAGAAUUCCCAUGCAUCCAAUGCAGCCGCUUCUAAAUCCAUGGCACAACGCAUCAAAUUAUAUGGUGACACUACCGACACUGGUACUGAGCAUGGAAAGCAGACCAUUUCCUCCCUUGCAUCUCGCAAGAAUUCUGUGCGACUCUAAGGAGUACGCAGUUCUUUGUAUCCAGGCGUGAUAAUUAGUUCGCCUCGGGUGUGAAAACUCGCAGCCAGCAUCAUGCAUUAGCCUCGUUGUCUCGUGUGCUUUUUGCCCACGAAAGCACACGAUACCCCUCAAGAAUGCUGACCCGACUAGGAAUUCUCCCUUCUGAUCCUUGAUCGGCUGACGUGCUUAUCUCUGAUUGGGAAGAAUGGUUCAUAUAUUGGGCUCUUUGGAUUGACUCUCCACAAC